CCAUCCCAAUCGCGUGCAGGCAACCUCCAGAUGCGCACAAUAUGGUGCUCCUUCUGGAUGACGCCGUCGGCUUCAGGGCCACAGUUGCAGUGGCUGCAGCUUUUAUUACUAUUAUUUUUUUCUGUUCUCUUGCCGAUUCUGCUCGGCUGCUUUUUGUGUUUUGUUAAUCGUCUUGACGGCGCAGUCACAUUGUGCGUGCUGCUCCCAAGGCCAGUGCAAUAUUUUACACGAGUGACAUCGCCGGCGAACUUCCGUCAGUGUAUAUAGCGUAUAUAUAUAGUCUCUGUUCAUCGAAGUCCCCACCCCCCACUUGGAUCCUCCCACUCUCUUUGUGCGUCAUCAUCGGUGGGACUGCAUUUCAUGGCUGUUUAUAAGCCCAAGCCCAAACACCCCCACACGUACGCACUACCGAUCGUUUAACACCCACUGUAAGUGGAAUUGCAAGCCAGACAAGUUCUUCGAAUAUCCACACAGCCAGAAAAUUAUAUAGUAUCGACAAUAACUUGAUUAAUAACAUCCAUGCAGGAAGGAAAAUCAUACACAGAGUAGCGAUCUUGAUGAAUGGCGUUUUUGACCCCAGACGUGACUCCUUUAUGAUUUACCUUUUUGUGUUGGCCACUGUGGGUCUGAUGACGAGCAUGGUUUGCCUGGUGGUUCCCCAAUUGCGUCUCUGGCUGGCGGGGAUUUACAAGAUCUAUGCGGAUUACACACCCGUUGUCUAUUUAAGUGAGGAUCGUUUGAGCACCGUUUCCAAACGCCGACUGAAGGUGGUGGCCAAAAAGACUCUGGUACUGGAUAUGGACGAAACUUUAAUAACUUCGUGGAUCAAAAAGAGUAAUGGUCGUGGAAAGAAAUCACCACCUGGUGUGCCGCAUGACUUUGAGUUCCCCUUGCCGGACUACGAUGGCACAGUCUUUGUUUACAAGCGUCCCCAUGUGGAUUACUUCCUGAACCGCGUAUCCAAGUGGUAUGAUCUGGUCAUUUUCACAGCCGGAGCUGAGAUAUACGCAUCACCCAUCCUGGACUUUUUGGACAGAGGAAGGGGCAUCUUGAGUAAGCGAUUGUACCGCCACCACUGCAUCGAUGUCCUUGGACUGAGGGCCAAGUAUAUAUCGCUGGUUUCACCGGAUUUGGCCAAUGUCCUGCUAUUGGAUAACUCAACCGUGGAGUGCAGUUUCAAUGCGGGUAACGCCAUUCACAUCAAGCCCUAUCGUAUCGGCCGUCGGGAUGAAGCUCUGAUAAAUUUGCUUCCAUUUCUGGAUGCCCUGCGUUUCACCAAGGAUGUGCGAUCGGUACUCCAACGAUGCACUCGCUUCGAGUGUCUCACCACGUUACUAGAAAGUGUCACCUUGUGAUAUCUCCACAUCAUGCACACUAAUCAUUGUUUUUUUUGCGUUUUUUGGGUUGUAUUAUUUAUGUUAAAUUUCCAAGCAUUGAAUCACCUCCUUAUCAAUUUGGACUUUCAUCAAAGGUCAUUUUGAUUAAAUUUUAGAAUUAAGUAAUUUUAUUUUGGUCUGACAUUUUAAGAAAUUAU